UACAUGAUAACAUUGAGAUUAGUCAAAUUCCAAAGGAUUACUGCUAAAUCUUAUAAAUUUUCACAAGUUUUAACUCAGGAAUAGAUGAUCACUGAUCUAAGACAAGAUUUAAAUGUCAAUGAUUAUGACAAGAUUUUGGAAGCUGUAAACGGAUUUUUUACUUCAUUAAUCAAAAAUUCCAUACAUGUAUAUUCUUGCACAAGUCACUUCAUAUUAUAAAGAAACUUUGUUAUUAAAUUAAUCGUAUCGUUGAUGUCUACGUCUAUGUGCUCAUGGGCAUACGGGACCUGUCAUUUCAGGGGGGAGGACCCUAUGAACUCACAAUGAAGGUUCCGCGAAUUUCAUUUGAAGCUACACUACUGAGUACUCCGCUCUCGUAUUAUUUAAUAGUGUUUGCGACAUGAAGUGUGUCAAAUGCUAAAUUAGACCGCAGGCUCAUCUCACCUUCCCUCAUGGAUGAAAAAAACAAAAUGAAGAAUUUGACAGAAAUUGGAACCAUUGAAUCAGACGAUGAAAUUGAAAAUCAUGACUGCGAUGAAAGUGGUGAAGAAGAUGAGGUAGCAAAAAGACCGUAAAAGAAGAAAGCAAAAACCAGAGAAUUUAACGAACAGUUUGAAUUUUCUGAUUUGGAUGAUGAGAAUCAUUAUAACGGAUGGAAUCUUGAGGAAACUGUGGAGAAUUUGAGGAAGGAUACAAUGCCAGGAAAGAGUUUGGACUCAAGGAUAAAUGAAAUGAGAGUAAAACGAAGCAAAGAAAAGAGAGGAUCAUUCAUACAACUUUGGUAGACAUAAAGGUAGAGGUAAAGGUUGACACAAAGGGGGAAGGACCUUAUCAACUCACAAUGAAGGUUCCGCGAUAGCAUUUGAAGCUACACUACUGAGUACACCGCUUCUCGUAUUAUUUAAUAGUGUUUGCGACAUGAAGUGUGUCAAAUGCUAAAUUAGACCGCAGGCUCAUCUCACCUUCCCUCAUGGAUGAAAAAAACAAAAUGAAGAAUUUGACAGAAAUUGGAACCAUUGAAUCAGACGAUGAAAUUGAAAAUCAUGACUGCGAUGAAAGUGGUGAAGAAGAUGAGGUAGCAAAAGACCACAAAAAAGAAAGCAAAAACCAGAGAAUUUAACGAACAGUUUGAAUUUUCUGAUUUGGAUGAUGAGAAUCAUUAUAACGGAUGGAAUCUUGAGGAAACUGUGGAGAAUUUGAGAAAGGAUACAAUGCCAGGAAAGAGUUUGGACUCAAGGAUAAAUGAAAUGAGAGUAAAACGAAGCAAAAAAAAGAAAUCUUCACAAAAUAUUGAAAGCAAUUGCACAGAAGAGCAGGUUGAAAUGAAUGAGAGUUCAGAAAGUGAAGAUUUUAAUGAAGACGAUAACAACGUUGGCGAAGAUGGCGAAAGAAUCUUUAAGAAAGGAACAAAAACAAAGGACUUUUUCGAAGAAGGCCCAACUGAAUACUCCCAUCUAAAAUUUACAGACAUGAAUUUGUCUAGACCUAUUUUAAAGGCAAUCAAUGAAAUGAAAUUCACUAACCCGACGCCAAUACAGUGUGCAACAAUACCAGUCGCUCUCAUGGGAAAAGACAUUUGUGGAUGCGCUGCCACAGGGACAGGAAAGACUGCAGCUUUUGUUUUACCUAUUAUGGAACGUCUUCUUUUCCGUCCUGUUCAAGUUGCCACAUCUAGAGUUUUAAUUUUAGUUCCAACGAGAGAACUGGCCAUUCAGGUACAUUCUGUCAGUAAGUCUCUGGCAAAGUUUACGAACAUCGAGAUUUGCCUCGCCACCGGGGGACUGGAACUUAAAUCGCAAGAAGCAGCAUUACGUAAGAAUCCUGACGUCAUCAUUGCAACACCAGGUCGUUUGGUUGACUUUCUUCAUAACACUCCGUCAUUUGAUUUACAAUUUAUUGAAAUCUUGGUUCUCGAUGAGGCUGACAGAAUGUUGGACGAGAACUAUCGCGAUCAAAUUGAAGAAAUUGUGAAGUUUUCACCCAAGGGCAGACAGACAAUGUUGUUUUCUGCGACUAUGACGGAAGAGGUCAACGAACUUGUUACGUUGUCACUUAACCGUCCUGUCAAAUUAUUUAUUGACAACAACACUGACGUCGCUGAGAACUUGAGACAGGAGUUUGUACGAAUUAAGAAGAAUCGGGAAGAAGACAGAACGUCCAUUGUCGUCGCACUUUGCUCCCGAGGUUUUCACGAAAACUGUUUGAUAUUUGUUCAUACGAAGCAACUGGCUCAUCGUCUACGAAUAUUUCUUGGUCUCUUGGGUAUAAAUGCCGACGAACUCCAUGGCAACCUCACGCAAUUACAGAGAUUGGAAGCUUUAAAUAAAUUCAAGAAACGAGAGGUCGACGUCUUGGUCGCCACGGAUCUUGCGUCACGUGGUUUGGAUGUUGUUGGUGUAAAAACAGUUAUCAAUUUUUCGAUGCCAAAUUCCAUCAAGCAGUACAUACAUCGAGUUGGUAGAACUGCGCGGGCAGGGCUUUCAGGCAGAUCCAUAAGUUUGGUCGGCGAGAACGGACGAAAAUUAUUAAAAGAAAUCGUGAAAGAAGCUCGAAAUCCCGUCAAGAGUCGAGUCAUUGCCCCUGAAAUCAUCGAAAAGUUCAAAAAGAAACUGAAAUCAUUUGAAGAUGAUGUACAAGAAAUUUUAAAACAAGAAAAAGAAGAUAGAGAAUUGAGAAUCUCUGAAAUGGAAGUUAGCAAAGCGAAGAAUAUGAUUAUGCAUCGUGGUGAGAUUGAGAGCCGUCCGCCAAGAGUCUGGUUCCAAGUUGACUCGUCCAAAGAAGACAAGAAGACAUCGAAGAAAAGUCGAAAAUCUACCAAACUUAAGAAUGAAAAGAAACUAGAGCCAGAUGAACUAAAGGCGAUACAUUUUCAACAAUAUUUAAGACGAGAAGAGAAAAGAAAAAAUAGGAAAAAACGUCUUCAUGCAUUUUCAUCUGACGAUAAAGAUUUGUCCGCUAAACCGACGAAAAAGAGAAAAAAGACAGCUAGUAAAACAGGAGGAAGCAAGGCUUUCGAAAAAGAACUGACCGACACGAGUCGCAAGGCUCUGAAAGAGUUCCGAAGCAGCUCAUCUUUAAACAAGAAAAAUGGAAUGGCGAAAAGAAAACAGAAAGCAAAAAUUAAGAAGAGAUAACGACGAUGUGAAUAGUCUACGAUGUCAUUUAUUGAUCUCACUGUGCGACCAAUACGACUACACAGUCAUCAAAAAUGAUGUGAGUUUUUUAGUUUUCAAACGUUUGUUCAAUAUUCUCUUGUCGUAAACGAUUUGAUGUCGGUGAUCUUAUUCGCGCGGUUGUUUGAGGUUUUUUAAACUUGACCAAAAACAAAUUGGUUCUUCCCCGGUAAAAAUAUUCUUUUCAAUUAUUCUACACUAAUUUCGUGAGAGCACAAUGGUUAUAAGGCAUUUAAAAUAAACGACAUUCGUGACGACUUGGCACAGAAAUAUGAAAGAAAGGUUUCCUUAGCUGAUAUCCGAAUAUUGGAAAAGUUAACUGCGAAAAAAGUUAACUCCUUUGAUGUCUUUCCAAAAUUUAUCACUAUAACAUAUUAUCAUGUAAACUUCCUAUAUUUAUUCACUUCGCAAUGAAGAUGGCAUAAAGUAUGCCGAAACAUGUUUGCUAUAAAGAAACUUGUCGUUUAUUUUAAAUGUCUUAUUCUACCCUAAACAUUCCAGGUGAAGUUCAGUAGAAAGUGUUCUUCUAAAUUUGACAAAAUUUGCAUUUUUACUGCAAAGUUUCCCUUGUUUACAAGAAUUGCGUUUAUACUGCUUCAUCAAUAAUUAUCGAAUCUCCGUUUACAUAAUGAAAGACAAUAUUUUCAUUGUAACAUUUCUAGCUAGAAAGCGAUUAUUUUAAAUUCAAAACAAUCUCUAACGACUCUAUGUUAACGCUUUCCUCCUACGGAAAGUGUGAAGAUUUAUAAAAAGCUAAAUUUACACAGAAGAUUACACGUAUUUUCCUAAGUAGUUAGUGUAUUAUUAAUAUGGCUUCUCAGAAGAGUACACGUAUUUACCUAAGUAGUUAGUGUAUUAUUAAUACGGCUUCUGGCAUAAAUUUAAUUCUCAAAUGAAAAUGAAAUAACCACAGUUA